AAGAAGAAGAAGCUGUCAAUCAUCUUUCUGUUUCCUUGUUUCGGUGACUGUAGUUUUUCUUCUUUGCCUCGUUUCAAAUCAAUAAAUGGCUCAGACUGCGGAUGCUAAACAUGUUGCUCUGCGAAGGAAACGAGAGGAUGGAGAUGACAAUGCUGGUGUUGGUGGGAAGAUGGGCAAAAAGGAACCCAGUCGGAUAGAGUCCUGUUUGGAUGAACCUAUGGAUUCAGGCAUCCAUGAAGUCGUCAAGUUUGUACCCUCACCACUACCAGCCAGACAUUAUGACGCUGACACCACGGAGCCGAUCAGUUGUGCUCUGCAGACUUUAGAGCAGCUGCUUUCAUGGAAAUUAAGCGAGUCAAACCCUUUUAAUGUGGCGGUCAUCCCGCUGGCGCCUCGGGAGACUCCUCUAGCUACUUGUCCACGUCGAACCUUGGUGUCUCAUGACAUGAUGGGCGGCUACCUUGAUGACAGGUUUGUCCAGGGGACGAGCUCAGAGGCUCCAUAUGCCUUCUACCACUGGCAGUACAUUGAUAUUUUCAACUAUUUCUCCCACAACCUGGUGACUAUUCCUCCUGCUGUGUGGACCAAUGCUGCUCACAGACAUGGAGUCAGUGUUAUAGGGACAUUUAUUACAGAGUGGACUGAAGGUGCUGUGGCGUGUGAAUCCUUCCUGAAAGACGAGGAGUCAUACCGAGAAGCUGCUGAUAAACUAGUACAGAUCAGCUGCUGUUAUGGAUUCGACGGCUGGCUCAUAAACAUAGAGAACACUCUGAGUGAGGCUGCGGUUAAGAACACUCCUCUGUUCCUGCGUUACCUGACGGACCAGAUGCACACGCGUGUCCCUGGGAGCCUGGUUCUGUGGUACGACAGCGUAGUUGAGAACGGACAGCUGAAGUGGCAGAAUGAGCUCAACCCGUCCAACAGGAUGUUUUUUGACGCCUGUGAUGGUUUUUUUACCAACUACAACUGGACGGAGCAGAACCUGGAGACCAUGAGGGACUACAGUGAGAUCCAGGCCCGCCGCGCCGACGUGUACGUUGGGGUGGAUGUUUUUGCACGAGGAAAGGUUGUGGGAGGAAUGUUUGAAACCAAUAAGGCACUAGAAGUCAUCAGAAAGCACAACUUCUCGGCAGCCAUCUUUGCUCCGGGCUGGGUGUAUGAGACCCACAGCGACAAGACUGAGUUCCCGAAGAAUCAGGAUAAGUUCUGGUCUCUGCUGUCAGACCACUUGUUCCUCCACCGUGCGGUUACGCCGCUGCCCUUUGUCUCCUCCUUCUGCCAGGGCUUUGGGAAGGCGUUCUACUGGAGAGGACAGAUCGAGUGGAGCAGCAGCUGGUUCAACCUGACGGCUCAGGACGUGCAGCCCCUCUACUCCCGCACGGAGCUGGGGAGCCACGGCUGGCUGCAGAGCCGGGGCUGCUCGGAGGACGCCUGGAACGGGGGCUCAGCGCUGCUGCUGGACGGACUCCUCCCCGCCGCCGACGCGUCUCCUGUUUGCGCCAAGCUCCUCUCCAUCCAUGUGCCGCUGCCGGCCAGCACCCUGGUAGUACUCGUCUACAAGCCGUCUGCGGGGAUCACAGUCGACCUGGAGCUGAGGACAGCAGACGCUGAUGUUUGUUCCCUCGUGGAUGUUCAGGAUCAGGAAUUGAAGAGUGUGUCUCCUAAAGUGUUGAAUGGCAGCCACCAGUUAGUGAAGCAGUUCUCUCAGCUAAGUGGAAGCUUAAAUGGUUGGACUGUCGGGUUCUGGCAGGUGGAGCAGCCGGGCUGUGCUCUUAGAGAGGUCAAUGUGAGGAUUCAGCAGAAUAAAGAGGAUCAGGACACGUCCUUCACCUGCAGAGUUGGAGAGCUUAUGCUCCUGGAUGCCUCCACUCUGCGCGACCCCUCUGAGGCGGUGCAGGGCUUCUGUAUCUACGAUGUGGUGUGGCUGCACGGCGCCGGCAGCUCACCAGGGUCUAACGGGUUCACGCUGCGCCUCAACGCAACCCUGCGCUGGGAAUACCCACGUGAGCUUGUUCGCCACUUCAAGGUUUACUCCCGGCAGCUGAGGGGACCAGAUCCGCGGGUCCCCCCGGGCCAGCUGGUCCUGGUGGGACGGGCCUACUCCAAUCUUUUCAGAGUGACGGAGCUGAGGGUGCCGAGGCCUCCGGGGCUGCUGGAGCUGGUGGUGGAGCCAGUGGUGAAGAAGGGUUUGUCGGUACCAGAGAGCCACUGGGGCAGAAGAAGCGUCAGCUACACGAUGGGUGCAACACCUUGACUUCAGAUGAACGUGACCAGGCCGAGCUCCAAUGCUAACGUUUCCAGGUUGGACGGUUAGAGUAGCAGGCGCAUUCUGAAAAACCUGGUCAUAGUCGUCAUCUGUCACAGCAUCAUGUCAAUCUGCUUAGAUUAUUUGAUUUUAUUUUGUUCAUCUGCUUUAUUGAAUCUGUAGUUUUUCUCUCUUUACAUCGCCCUGCUGCUUCUCUGAUUAUAUCCCUCCUCUGUUAAACAUCUGCCUCCAUGUCCUGCUAGACUGAACUAAAGCCCCUGUUACCCUGAUGUUAGUGGAUUUAGGCCCGAUGCAUGUGUACAGCUAACGGCAGACCAGACGAAGGUUAAUGCUUCUGCCUCACAGCAACAAGCUCCAGCUCUGAUUCCCGGGUGAACAGAAACAUGAAGUAUUAAUUGCAAUACUGGUGUCAAAAUUAAAUAUUUUAAAUAUUUUGUGGAUUAAGGUGCCACUUGGACUAAACGAGCUGAAUGUUUUCCUGUGCCCUGGUUAUACUGUAACUGCACAUACAUGAGCCGAAUCAGUCUGUAAAUUAUUUGUGUUGUAGAAUUGGAUCCAUAUGUAAAGUCUCAUUUAUUUGACAACAUUAAGGUGAACGUUAGUAUAAACUAUUAUGAACAUCUUAAGUCAUUUUUAAAGGAUGGCAUCAGUCAGAUUCACAUAGCAACAUGUUCAUGUUCUGAUGAUUGUGCACAUUUACUGCAAGAAGAACUUUAAAUACACACAGUUAAAAAUAACUAAAUUCUGCAUCCAGUUCAAUUAGUGCAUCACAGCAGGUGGAUUAUGUGCAAUCGAUUAAAUGCUUGUAUAAUUUUUUUAAAAUCUGUAUUUAACUUUGAUAAUAAAAUAGUUUUUAUUUGGC